AUGAAGUACAAACGGACAACCGGUGGCGGACUGGCCGGAUUAGGUUUAAUUGUGGUGCUUUGCUUCUGCUGGGUGUUGGUGUUGGGGCCACCGAGUGCCCACGCGGAGUACAUUCCACCCGGACCGAAAUACAAAUGCCCGGAAAAAGCUAAACUGAUAUAUCCCUGCGUCUGCACCCACGGCACCGACGAUGGGUUGUUUGUGCAGUGUGAAAACUCGAACCUGGCCAGCCUCUCGGUGGCAUUCAUCAACCUGGCCAGCAUGAACCUUCCGAUCGUCGAGCUGCGCCUCAAGCGGUGCAAAAUCAAGAACCUCUUCGGAACGUUGCUCCAUAAACUUCCAGUGAAGCACCUACACGUGACGGACACUCCACUGGCCAGCAUCGCCGAUCAUGCCUUUUACGGAAUCAACGACACGCUGCUGGAGCUGCAUCUGGUACGCAACGAGCUCACGCAGUUUCCCAUCGAAGCGCUCAAGAUUCUCGGUAUGCUGAAGGUGCUCAACAUCGAUGGCCAUCGGAUCGAGUCCCUGCCGAAGGGAUCGUUCGCAGGGGCCCACUUCGACGGCACACUGGAGAAACUACACUUCGUUAACGGACCGCUCGGUGAGCUCGGACCGGACAUCUUCGGGGGUUUGAAAAAGGUGAAAACUCUCGAUCUUCACGGGAACCAGCUGAUGUCACUGAAGAAAGGCCAGUUCAAGGGAAUGCGUGAGGUGGAGGUGCUCGAUCUGAGCUACAAUAAUCUCACCAAACUUGACGCCACGCACGUUUCCGAUCUGACCAAGAUGACCUGGUGUAACGUGUCCAACAAUGCGCUGACGGAAAUAACGAGAGGAACUUUUGCCCGUAACACCGUGCUGCGUGUGGUGAACAUGGCCGCCAACGCCAUCCGUAAGAUUGAUGCGAACACCUUCCGCGGCAUGCGAUUCCUGCGGCGACUCUAUCUGUCCGACAACAUGAUCAGCGACAUUGGCCGAGGAACGUUUGGUUCGGUCACUCGCAUCGGCACGAUCGACCUGGCACGCAAUCGCAUCAAGAAAGUAGACUACCAGAUGUUUUUCCAACUGAAUUAUGUCGAGUUAAUCGAUCUGGCGGAAAAUGAAAUUACGGAGAUACAGAAGGAUUCUUUCAAGGAUCUGUACCUGACGCACAUCAACAUCUCGCACAAUCGACUGGAAACCAUAGAACCAAAGUCGUUUAUCAACUGCGCCAACAUGACGGUGCUUGACCUAUCGCACAACCUCAUCCAGGCGAUUCCGCGCACCGCCUUCGACGAGACGACGUAUGCCACGGAGUGGAUCGUCACGCACAACCUGCUAACGAACAUGACCCAACUGCCGUUGGCCAAUAUGACCGGGUUGAAAAUACUGAACGUGUCCUAUAACAAUCUCGUCGACAUCCCCAAGAACACAUUCCCGAAGUUGUACGAGCUACAUACGAUCGACCUGGCGCACAAUAACAUCUCGCAUAUCUACAAUGCCGUGUUCCAAAACCUACUCUCGCUACGUAAUCUGAACCUUAGCUACAAUGCCCUGGAGAAGAUAGGUCCGUCCACGUUUGGCACACUCCCGACACUGCUCGAACUAGAUAUGAGCUACAACCGGCUGAAGGACAUUACCCGGGGUGCGCUGGCGAAGACGACGGGGCUACGUUUCCUGCACAUGCAGCACAACAAGCUCGAAAAGGUGUUCCAGAUACCGAUCUCGCUCAACGAGCUCAACCUAGCGCACAACGAGAUCACGGAGAUACCGGAGAAAACUUGGCCCACGAUGAACUCCCUGCUCGGGCUCGAUCUGAGCUACAAUCGGGUUGCGAACAACCUCGCCCGGGGUAGCUUUGCUGGACUGCUCACCCUCCAGCGGCUGAACCUCGAGUCGAACGGUAUAUCGGAGAUCCCGCGGGAUAGUUUUGCCGACCUCGGUACGAUGCAGUAUUUGUAUCUCGCUCGGAACAACAUUACCGUGCUUCCGAAGGGAGCCUUCGGUAGUUUGCCGAUCCUGUUUGAGCUGCAGCUCACGGAAAACGGGUUAAACAGUGUGGCCGAGAGGGCUUUUGACGGUUUGCUGCAGCUCCUGACACUUAACAUGUCCCACAAUGAACUGCGCACGGUGCCGAACGGUGCAUUCAUGGGGCUGGUGUCGCUACGACGGCUCGAUCUGUCGCACAAUUUGCUCACCACUCUGGACAAUAAAACACACGGACUGCUCGAAGAUUGUCUUAGCUUGGGCGAGCUCAACAUCAGCCACAAUCGGAUCAGUUUCAUCACACGUAAGACAUUCCCUUCGAACCCCUACAUUCCAUACCAGCUACGAUCGGUCGAUCUGAGCUACAACACGAUGUCGUUCGUGACGGGUGAGCUCAAGGUUGGCACGGGAACCGUUCAGCAUCUCAAUCUCUCGCAUAACAAUAUCAAAGAGAUCCGUCCGGGUGUACUCGGCAAUCUGACGUCCCUACGCACAUUAGACAUUUCGUACAACGAGUUGCUGCGGAUGGACAACGAUGUUUUCCGAAUGCCCGUCAACUUUAGUGAGUUGUACGCGCAUCAUAACAAAAUCUGGAACGCGUCCUAUGAGGCGCUCCUGAAGCUUAGUAACCUGACGCUGCUGGAUCUGCGAGCGAACGAGCUUACCCGCUUCGAGCCACCGCUGGUGCGGAGGAUGAAAACGUCCAACCUAACUGUGGCCCUCGGCGAGAACCCACUUCAAUGCGACUGUUACAUGCGCCCACUGUUCCACUAUCUUCGGUCGCUACCAUCGGUUGGGGAAAUGUAUCGGGAGUUGGAGUGCACCCUACCGAUCCCAUUGGCCGGCGAGCGGCUGUUCAACGUCACGGAUGAACUGUUGGCCUGUGUGCCGGCGGUUGAAGAUGAUGCAUUUAGGCCGCUACCAGAUCUACGGUUCCGCGAGAUUGCUUUCUUCCGUGGACAGCUCGUCAUCAACUGGUACGUGGCGGCGACGUCCGAUGUGGCCGACUUUUACGUGUACAUUCGUGACCAGGCCAAUCGAAUCAUCGUUGAGCGCACGGUACCGUACACUAGUCGAUCGACGGCGAUCAAUGGCGACGACAUCCGGCCCCAGGGUGACCCACAGCUCGAACUGUGCGUGCUGGCCAAGGCUAGUGACGAUGCGAUCAACUUCCUCGACAGCCAGUGCGUACCACUGCCCGCGGAUCUGGACACGAUCAAGCGUCAGUACAACGCACAGUACAACUACAAAUACCCACUUAAUCUGGCCAAGGCCAGUGCCCAUUCCGGGGCGAGCUGUGAUAAAUGCGUACCUUCGGUGGCGUUCCCGGAGUUCCCGGAGGACCAAACAAAGCUCAGCGUUCAAACAGUCGGUGUACCGCAGAUGAGCAUACCAUCGGGAGAAUUUCACUAA